AUGAACAGGAAAACAAGGCGUUGGAUUUUCCAUAUCUUUCUGAGCCUAGGGAUUGUAUAUAUCAAAAUUGGGGGUUUUUCCUCUGUGGUGGCUCUGGGGGCCAGCAUCAUCUGUAACAAGAUCCCGGGAGAUCUGGGUUCUAAUCCUAAUGUUGCCAUUGAUCUGCUGAGUAACACUGGGACUGUUUUAAUUUCAGGUAGCAGAGAAGCAGCAUUCACAUAUGCCAUCAUUGCCGCUGGAGUAGCACAUGCGAUCACUGCUGCCUGUACCCAGGGAAACCUAAGCGACUGUGGCUGUGAUAAAGAAAAACAGGGACAGUACCAUAAAGACGAAGGAUGGAAAUGGGGAGGCUGUUCUGCUGACAUCAGAUAUGGAAUAGGAUUCGCCAAAGUGUUUGUGGAUGCAAGGGAGAUUAAACAGAAUGCAAGGACUCUCAUGAACUUGCACAACAACGAGGCGGGACGUAAGAUUCUUGAAGAAAACAUGAAAUUAGAGUGCAAGUGCCAUGGAGUUUCAGGAUCUUGUACUACUAAGACAUGCUGGACAACCCUUCCUAAAUUCCGGGAGCUGGGCUACAUCCUUAAGGACAAAUACAAUGAAGCAGUUCAGGUUGAACCGGUGAGGGCAAGUCGCAACAAGCGUCCAACCUUCCUUAAAAUAAAGAAGCCACUGUCCUACCGCAAACCCAUGGAUACAGAUUUAGUGUACAUAGAAAAAUCUCCAAAUUACUGUGAAGAAGACCCUGUCACUGGCAGUGUGGGAACACAGGGCAGAAUGUGCAACAAAACAGCCCAGCAGACCAAUGGCUGUGAUCUGAUGUGUUGUGGUCGAGGUUACAAUACACACCAGUACUCACGAGUGUGGCAGUGCAACUGUAAAUUUCAUUGGUGCUGCUACGUAAAGUGUAAUACGUGCAGUGAAAGAACAGAAGUGUACACCUGUAAAUGA